GCAGUCUCUGGCUGUGACCUCCAUCCCCCUUACGUGGCCGCUGUGGCCGGCGUUCUGCGCUGCUGCACGAACUCUUUUUGUCCCUCGGUGAUCUCCGUAGCACGCAGUUUCCACAACGUGCGAGCAGAAGAAGUGAGGAAGAGCUAAAAAACUGCGGCUAGAGACGACUCAACGCAACAACAACCAUGGCAGAAAAUCAAGAAGCAAUGUCUCCUAUUGAGAUGAAAGUGGCGCGACAAAUAGAGUACUACUUUGGGGAUCACAAUCUACCAAGAGACAAGUUUCUCAAAGAACAACUGCAAAUUGACGACGGCUGGGUGUCUUUGGAGACGAUGCUUAAAUUCAACAGACUGAAGUCUUUGACUACAGAAAGCAGCGUCAUCGUUGCAGCUCUCCAGAAAUCGAAGACUGGCCUCUUGGAAAUCAGCGAAGACAAGACUAAAGUCAGGAGGUCUGCAAACAAACCUUUACCUGAACUGAAUGACGAAUACAAAGACGCCGUGAAACACAAAUCUGUGUACAUUAAAGGUUUCCCGCUCGAAACGACCCUCGAUGAGAUUCAGGAGUGGCUGAAUGGGAAAGGCGACAUAGAAAACAUUCAGAUGAGGAGAAACCUGCAAAGGCAGUUCAAGGGAUCAGUCUUCAUCUGUUUUGAUUCAGAAGAAUCAUCCAAACAGUUCCUGGAACGCUCAGACAUCAAAUCAUUCAAAGACAACGAGAUGCUCGUGCUGUCAAGAGAAGACUACCAUGCAAAGAAGGCAGACGAGAGAAAACAGUUCAAAGCAGAGACCAAAGCAAAAGCUAGACAGGACAAAGAACAGCAGCAGAAACACGCAGAAGACAAAGAAAUGGGCCUGCUUUUGGAUGAGCAGACCGGUUGCUUGUUGAAGUUUUCAGGGGGGCUUGAAGAUGUUUCAAGAGAGGACUUUCACGAAUUGUUCUCUAAUCAUGGAAAGAUAAAGUGGGUCGAUUUUACAAGAGGGGCCAAAGAGGGCACCCUCCUUUUUGACGGGAAUGCAAAGGAAGCGUUCGAUAAGGCCAAAGAGGCAAACGGGGGCGAACUUAAAGUCAAGGACAACAGUGUCACAUGGCAAGUGCUUGAGGGUGAUGAGGAGAAAGAGGUACUGAAGAAGAUAAUCGAGGCUCAACAAGAAUCCUUCAACAGAAAAGGCAGAGGCGGCAGGGGAAGAUCAGGCGGCAGAGGAAGAGGAGGCCGAAGGGGAAGAGGUGGCAGAGGAGAUCAUGGCAGAACUCAAUUCAGAGGCAAAAAGACGAAAUUUGAUAGCGAUGAUGACGAUGACGCACCCGCAGCCCCAAAGAGAGAACUAGAAGAUGCCGACGGUCCUGCAGCGAAGGUCGCCAAAACUGAAAAUGGAUCUUAGUCACAAGGUCACACCGAGAGUUUUUCUUUUUGAAAACAUUUAUUAUAAACGGUGAAAACGCAGAGGCAAAAUUAAUCCAUUCCAGUGAAAGCGUCAGGCUUUGGAGAAUCGUAGGAAGUCCACGUGGAUGUCAACCUAGAGAACAAUUGGCAAAGCUUGGCGUCAGUUUUCAGCCUUCGAGUCCCUGUGCAUUGUGCCUCUCACAUUAUUUGUGUACACUUUUUUCCCCCCUUUCUUCUUAAAACGUCUUUGAUUUUAUCAUAUUCAAUAUAAAUCUGCUCUUUGACAGUAAUUUAAUUUCACCUGAACAAUUAGUUGGUUUUGUAAGACCUGUGACAUCUAGAAUCUGUGUGCCAUUGUUAUUUUUCUUUACAUCGAGUGACGAGAUAAUCUGCUUUGCUAUUUUUUUUAAGUUUGCAAAAUCCUGUGAAUAGCAAAUAAAACAUUUAUAAAAAUGAAUCAUGAUUAAUUUGACUGUCAAUUUCUGCUGGAAAAUGUGUGAGACUGUAAAAAAAAAAA